AUGAGUGGAGGAAGUGUUAUGUCGUCGCGAGCCACUUCAUCGAGUUCAAUCGAAUGGCACGAUUCGCCGGUAUUCGUUCACGAUCGAAUCAGCAAACUCAAGAGUCAAGCACCACAAAUUCGAACGGCUGUUGAUGAACGAAAAUUUGAUGAGGAAUUCGAUCGUUGGUUUUCGAACGGAAGCACUGAUGUGAAUUCGACGAAUUCCAGCGAACAGGACAGUGGUGGUACCACGCGGAAAAUUGAUGUGACACCUCCAGUAUUGAAGACGCAUAAUUGUGGUUUUCGUAAGGUAUCACCAGAAGUGUCGGCAAGUAAAACACCAGCGGAGGUGAUAAAACUUGAUGAAUCGGUCAUGGAUGAUACUGCUGAAAUAAUACGAUCUUUAAAGGAAGCGAAAGCAAAUUUUGAAAGAAUUCUCGAGGAAAAACGUCAACGACACCGAACUAGUUCAGUUGCAACAUGUUCAAUUUCCUUUGAUGAUAUACCAUCGAAUGAUCAUCUGGAUUCGAGCGGCUCGGCAGAUAUCAUCUCGAAAUCAACACAAAUAAAUCUGACACCGACUGCACGUGAUGGCGUACGAACGUUGAUCUCAGCGCGUUUCAGGAAUCUCACAAGUGAAGAGCCUUCACCGAUUACACGAAUUGAGUCACGGAAACGUAGGAGGUAA